CAUAUAACGUCAACCCGGGAGUGUGUGUAUAUUGGGGGGGAGCGGAUGCCCCCCGAGGGCCGCAGAUGCCAUGCCCUCUGGAGCCUGCGGGCAAGGGAGGAAGCCGCUGCGGCAGGAGUAGAGCGACGGUGCAGGAGGAAAGGCGGCCUUUCCUCCCGAGGGAGCGCCGGCCGACUGGCCGAGGGAACCUGCAGAGGGCGGUUUCUCUCCGCUUUUCCUGUCCCACCCAGUCGGCGGCCCCCCGCCCCACCCCCACCCGCCCGCCGCCCGCUCCCCGCUCCGCACGCCUCCCGGCCGCUUCCUCCAGCUCGGGGUCCGGGGGCCUCGGGUGCGCGCCCCGCCCCGCCCCGCCCCGCCGGCUCCCCGGGACCGCGAGCUCCGAGCCCCGAGCCCGCGGGCGGCCCGUCCGACUGGAAAGCCAUUCCAGGCCCUGGUAGAAGCCCAGCCACCUCGUUCUUGUAUCCUUCAUCUCUCUUCCUACAGAUCUGCUCCUCUCUUGAGGUGCUCAUCCUCUGGCGGCAAUGUCCAACCUCUCAACCACACCUUCUCCCGGAGAAGAACUAAUGACCACCCCAAUUCUGCAUCCCACUGAGGCCCUGUCCCCAGAAGCUGAAGCCAGCACAGCACUCAUUGCAGUUGUUAUCACCGUGGUCUUCCUCACCCUGCUCUCAGUCGUGAUCUUGAUCUUCUUUUACCUCUACAAGAACAAAGGCAGCUAUGUCACCUAUGAACCUGCAGAAGGCGAGCCCAGUGCCGUCCUCCAGAUGGAGACUGACUCAACCAAAAACAGGGAGAAGGAGGAAUAUUUCAUCUAAUGAUUCCUGGGCACCAGUGUAUCUAGGGUCCAGUUCUAGCUGGUUCACUAUUAAGUGAAAUUUUAUCUAAAACCAGUGAAAAGCAUUAAUGGAUAUGGACAAAUCUAAGCUCCUUCUAGGACACCAGCCCAAAUGCCAGCAUCAUUAAUGGGCCAGGGACAUGGAGAACACUGCUUACAAUGUCUUUAGCCAGACAUUUGUAAUACAGAUGAUGUUUGUGAUUGAGUAACAAGGUCAGUCUAUACCAGGUAAUAUUUGAGUAUGUGCCCAGUCAGCUUUGCUUUUUGCACAGGUGCAAAUGAAGAGUUAGGGCCACUAGCUGCUCCUUUGUCUCCUACCUGGCCAGCUAGUGGCAGCCCCAGUGGACAGUGUCCACAGAAGUUCUCAGAAGCCAGGCCAGGAGGGGUAUUAAGACUAUGGAAAACUCACCCCUGGUGAAUAUACUACAUCCUUUAAUCUGAGCCUUUUCUUAUCGCCCCAAACAACUGUAUAUGAGACUGUUUUUAUCAGAAUUAAAAUUUUCUCAUUGACUCAAAUUA